UCAUUCAAAGUGACUUUACUCUGCGCAACACAGACAAGUGCAUCGCCAAUCAACUUAACAAGAAUACGGCCGCACUGCGACGACACCGUCCUGCAAUCCAUUCUCGUUCUCCUGAGAUCUGGCCGAGCUUUCUGUGGUUCAUGGCGACCACAGGAGGCUCGUCAUCCACGGCCCCGCUAUUGGAUGAUCUGUCGCCGACGAGCCACCGGAGAAUAGGCGGAGCAACGUGGGCGCAGACGCUCGGCAACAUCGUGGUGUCAAUUGUGGGGACGGGUGUGCUUGGUCUUCCCUACGCAUUCCGCAUUGCCGGAUGGCUCGCCGGAACCAUCGGCGUUGCUAUUGCCGGCGCCUCUACCUUCUUUUGCAUGCUCCUACUCAUUCAAUGCAGAGAUAGAUUAGAAGAAAGUGAUGAUGAAGAAAUUAGUGAUGCAACGACCAUUCAAAGUUAUGGGGAUCUUGGCGCAAAAGCAUUCGGAACAGCAGGUCGAUUCCUUACUGAGUUUCUCGUACUCACCUCACAAGCAGGGAGUGCCGUUGCCUAUUUAGUCUUCAUUGGCCAGAAUCUCUCCUCCUUGUUCACCAAAACCAACGAGUCUUCAGUACCACCUACUAUCUUCAUUUUCUUUCUACUCCUCCCAUUUGAGCUAUUCCUUUCCUUUAUCCGCUCUCUUUCUUCCAUUGCUCCAUUUAGUGCCUUUGCAGAUGGUUGCAAUGUCCUUGCAAUGGCUAUUGUUAUCAAAGAGGAAAUUCAAAUGUUUGACAGAUUUUCUUGGCAAAGGACUGCCUUCAAUGGGACUUGGGGUUUACCUUUUGCAGCGGGUGUGGCUGUCUUCUGCUUUGAUGGCUUUAGCAUGACUUUGCCACUGGAGGCAUCAAUGGCCGAUAGAAAAAAGUUUCGUUGGGUGCUUGUUGUGGCAUUUAUGGCUAUAAUAACGGUAUAUAUUAGCUUUGGGAUUUUUGGGUAUUUAGCCUAUGGUGAUGAGACCAAGGAUAUAAUUACACUUAACCUCCCCAAUGAUUGGUAUGCUAUUGCCGUCAAGAUUGGACUCUGUAUAGCUCUAGCAUUCACAUUUCCAAUCAUCAUGCACCCAAUUUAUGACAUCACAGAGAUGAAGCUGAUGUCAUGCGGAUGGUUUCAGAAGCUCCGCCGCAAUGCCCGCGGCGAAUGGCUUGGCCUCCACGGAGCUCGCAUGCUUGUGCUACUGAUAGUCACCAUCGUCGCCUCCUGCAUUCCUGGUUUUGGGGUUUUUAUCUCUCUUGUGGGCAGCACUGUUAGUGCCAUGCUUGCUUUUGUAUUGCCAGCCACAUUCCAUCUGUUGCUCAUGGGAUCCAAUCUGAAGCUCUGGCAGAGAGCAGCAGAUUAUAUUAUACUUCUUGUUGGGCUCACUUUUGCCUGUUAUGGUACAUAUGAUGCUCUCGGUGGUCAUAUCAUGGGUUCUUAACAGAAGUCUAUUAUCAAAGUUCGAGAUUCUGGAUUCAGGAGAAAAGCUACAGUAUUUUGAACUUGGAUUUGUUCCUGAUAGGUCUGGCCACCAUUAAAAAGCAACUUUCCUGCUCCUGCCUGAGCUCGGCUGAAAAUUUUAGGGCAAUGCAAAGACGUUGUGAUCGCGGUAGAGCUUCCAGGUAAACUCUGAUCACAUAAAAACUAUGCUUUUUUGGUCUGUUUAGAAUGGUAGCAACUAUUUUAUAAAGUAGCUUCUGAAUUGUUUUGAUUUUUUUUAUUAUUUAGAACUUUCUGUGUGU